AUGAAGCGCUCAAUCAGGGACACAGGCGAUGGCAGCAGUGCCCAGAAACCCCCCGCCAAAAGGGCUGCCACCGCCAAAAGAGCCGCUGCGAGUAAGAAGACGGCCGCACAGGCGACAGAGUCCCCAGAGCCUGUCGUGAUUGCAGGGCCUGCACCGGCAGCAUCGCCGUCGCCGUCUUCUUCCAUUCCCAACACCCGCAGAGUGCCUGUCGGGCCCAAUGGCGAGUUUUUCAUCCCGCGGACAUUCCCCCGCGAGAGCAUCAAAGCCCUCGACAAGAUGGUCGUGUCCAAGCGGUGGGUGCAGAUUGACGGCGACCCCAACCACGAGUUCACUCUGGGGAACCGCCGCUGGUGGGAGCUCAACUCGCCCUGGCUGGAAGCGAACAAGAAGUCCAUUGGCCUGACUGCCAAGCAUUGGAAGAUGAGAGAAGAGGCUUUCGCCAAGGGCGAGCCUCGCGGAGACGACGAGGGCGACAACCCGGAAGACUUUGUUUGCAUUUCCCCGCCGGCAUUGGAAGCCCGGGACUCAGAAGAGGACGAGGACGAGGACGAGGAUGAGGAGGAGGAGGAAGAUGAGGAGAACGAGGAGGAGAAUGAGGAGGCUGCCGAGGAAGCCAAGGCCAGCAAGGAAAAGGCUAAGGAAGAGCAAUGUGCCAUGCACAAGGUUGUGGGCAAGCUUGCUUCUCUGCAUCCCGAGCACAAAUGGGUUUCGACGAUGCGCGGCAACGAACGUUCGAAAUGGUGGAUCUCGGAGUUGCUCAAGAGGGACCAGGAUGACUUUCUCAUGCAUGUCUACAACGACUUUACCUGGUACGGUACCAUCGAAGUGAUGGAGAACAUUUUUGUCAACUUUGAAAAGGUGCUCAAGCGCAAGAACCACACCGUCAUGGAACUGUGGUUUGAGCUCGAAGGGCUCGCCUUGGUCCUCAACAGCGGCUGUGUCGAAUUUCAGAUGUGUGAUGAUGCCGACCGCUGUGGCCAAAUCCUCGAACUCGUCGGCUACAUGACCAUCACCGUCAUUGGCUCCCUUCAGAAGAACAAGCUCUUCGCCAAAGACUCUCAGAUCCCCAACAUCGGCAUCAUGCUCGCCCUUGUCCUGACCUACGCACACUCUAUGGGCACCGACUACGGCUGGGAAGACCAGGUCGGCUGGACCCCUUAUGUCGUCCAGCAGGCCACCGUCGCACACAUUACGCUGGCUGGACCGAAGAAGUUCGCUGAGACUCUUCAGGGGAUCAAUGAGUGGGGUGCAGGAAAGACGGCUGCAUCGCAGGCCAAGUGGGCGAAGGGAACGUUUCCCAGCAAGCUUGCGGCUUAUGGCUCGCGAGGAGGUAACCAGUUUGACAUCACCACGUUCUCUGCUGCCGAGAGGAAGAAGUACUCCUUUGCUUGAUCAGGUGGUAACAUACCGAGACUGAAGCGGGUGUCAUGUCUCAAUUACAGUCUAGACACUGCUGUUCUCUCAAAACCCUGUAUAAAGCCAGGAUGUCUCAC